AUGUCUGUCAUUGGAGAGGCUGCUCUUUCUGGGUUCCUGGACCUGUUGGUGGGCAAAUCGCUCGACUCUGCACUCAACUUUGUUGCUGAUCACAACCAACUCCACCAGCAGCUCAAGCAGUGGCAGUCCAUAUUGCCUGAUAUCCAAGCAGUGUUGGACGAUGCAGAGGAGAAGCAGAUCAAGAACAUGGGUGUGAAGAAAUGGUUGGAGGAUCUCCAGGACUUGGCUUACGAUGUGGAUGACAUCUUGGACGAGUUCGCUUAUGAAGAGUUUCGCCUCAAUCUCCAAGACACUCAAGCUCAAUAUUUUCCUCCCACUUCUUUUCAGUUUAAGAAUUCCAUGAUCACGAAGGUGAAAGACAUCACUGAUAGACUGAAUAGUUUGACUACUCGAAGAAGUAGUUUGGGGUUGAGUGAGAUUUUGUCUCAUGCUGCAACCUCCAAGGGAAAGCAACCCAGGCUGCAACCAACUUCCGUACUGGAUGGAGUUGUGGAGUAUGUUGGCAGACACAAGGAGAAGACAGAAAUGAUUGAGUUGGUCAAAGGUAAUAACUUGAAUGGAGUUUCAGUCCUUUCCAUCGUGGGCAUGGGAGGGAUGGGUAAAACAACUCUUGCUCAGCUUGUUUACAAUGACGCCACCAUCAACGAGUCUUUUGAUCUCAAGGCCUGGGUAUGCGUUUCUGAUAAUUUUGAUGCAAUUGCUAUAACCGGGACAAUUUUAAAAUCCAUCGAUCCUGACUCUCGUGAUGAGAAUGACUUGAAUUUACUUCAAGUUAAGUUGAAGGAGAAGUUGUCUGGGAAAAGAUUCUUGCUUGUUUUAGAUGACAUUUGGAAGGAGAAUUAUAAUGAUUGGACCAUCUUACGGUCUCCGUUUGGAGCAGGGACCACUAUCAUUGUAACCACUCGUCUUCAAAUUGUUUCAUCUAUUGUGGAUCCGCUCAAAGCUUUUCAUUUGGAAAAGCUAUCAGAUGAUGAUUGUUUAUCCAUAUUUACACAGCAUGCAUUAAAAGCAAGAAAUUUCGAUGGACAUCCCCAGUUCAAAGAAAUUGGAGAGAAAAUUAUUAGAAGGUGCAAUGGCUUACCUUUGGCUGCAAAAGCUAUUGGAAGCUUGCUACUCACACUUAAAUAUCAUGGAGAAUGGGAAAGAAUAUACAGAGUUAGUGAGAUAUGGAACUUACCAGAAGAGCAGUGUGGCAUAAUUCCAGCUUUGCGAUUAAGCUACCAUCAUCUUCCGUCAUACUUGAAACGAUGUUUUGCAUAUUGCUUCAUACUUCCUAAAGAUUAUGAAUUUGAAGAAGAAGAAAUUAUCUUGUUAUGGAGUGCAGAAGGCCUCUUGCAACAAAAAGCUAUGCCUCAAAUUAAAGAUCUUGGAAAUCAAUAUUUUCAAGAUCUAGUGUCGAGGUCAAUUUUUCAGAUAUCCAGUAAAGAUGAGUCCCGAUUCGUAAUGCAUGACCUUAUCAAUGACUUAGCUCAAGUAGUUGCAAAAGAAAUAUGCUCAAAAUUAGAGGGUGAUAGGCAACAGAAGUUCUCAAAUCGCACUCGACAUUCUUCUUAUAUUGCUGGAGAAUAUGACACAGUGAAGAAGUUCGAAGCAUUUGAUCAAGUGAAAUCAUUACGUACUUUUCUACCUUUACUGUGGUCACGUGAUUGUAAGCUUUGUUUAACUAAUGUUGUUUUGGUUGAUUUGUUGCCAAAACUUGGCUACUUAAGGGUGCUUUCUUUGAGUGGGUAUAAAAUCACUGAGUUGCCUGAUGUUUUUGAAAAUUUAAAACAUCUUCGCUACUUAAAUUUUUCUCACACCCAAAUCAAAUGCCUACCUGAUUCUUUGUGCACUCUUUAUCAUUUGGAAACUUUAUUAUUAAAUAGGUGUUCCAAGCUUCGAAGUUUACCUUCAAAGAUGGAAAAUCUUGUCAACUUGCAUUAUCUUGAUAUAAGAGGUGCGGACUCAAUAGGAAGGAUGCCUUUUGGAAUUAGUAAGCUCACCAAUCUUCAAAGGUUAUCUGAUUUUAUCAUAGGAGAAGGUGAUGGUUGUCAUAUUAGAGAUUUGAAAUAUUUGUCAAACCUCAAAGGUGAUUUCCGUCUUUCUGGGUUGGAGAAUGUUAAUGGUAAAGAUGCAGGGGAAACCAAGUUAAAUGAGAAGCAGGGGAUUGAUCGAUUGCUUGAGCAACUCGUCAUUCAGAAUUAUGGUGGUGCAAAAUUCUCUACUUGGAUUGCAGAUCCUUCCUUCAAGAAUAUGUUGUCAUUGGAGCUUCACGACUGUAAAAAUUGCAAAUCUCUACCACCAAUUGGAAGGUUGUUGUUAAAAGAUCUUUCAAUCAGUGGCUUGGAUCAAGUACAUAAGAUUGGUGCUGAGUUGUUUGGAGAAAAUCAAUCAAAUGGUUUUGCAUCAUUAGAGUCUCUGUGUUUUGGCAAUAUGCUAAAUUGGGAGGAGUGGGACCUAUGUGAAGAUGAUGAGCAAGUAUCGAAAUUCCCCAGCCUUCGUUUUCUUUCAAUCAGUGGAUGUCCUCUAUUGUUGGGAAGGUUGCCAACCAUCCUUCAAUCCUUGCAGGAACUUGAAAUCUAUGAGUGUAAGAGACUGGUAGUUUCAAUUUGA